ACCAAUGCACACACGUCCUUAAAUUGUGAGCUCCAAGCAUUAUCAAUUAAUUAAUGGCGGCUUCUUCUCCUCGUAUUGUGGCAUUCUUCUUCUUGGUUUCCAUCGGCUCGGCCCAGCUGUCGUCGACUUUCUAUGACACCUCGUGCCCGGCCGCCCUGCCCACCAUCCGAUCCGCCGUGAUGACUGCCGUCGUGAAGGAGCACCGCGUCGGAGCCUCCCUGCUCCGACUCCAUUUCCAUGACUGCUUCGUCAAUGGUUGUGAUGGAUCCGUGCUGUUGGAUGACACGAGCAGCUUCACCGGAGAGAAGACUGCAGUCCCCAACAACAACUCCCUGCGAGGCUUCGACGUCGUCGACACUAUCAAGUCGCAGCUCGAGGCCACCUGCAAGCAAGUCGUCUCCUGCUCUGAUAUUCUUGCUGUGGCUGCUCGCGAUGCAGUCGUCGCCCUUGGCGGUCCUACGUGGGCUGUUCAACUAGGAAGAAGGGAUGCAACCACGGCGAGCUUUGAUGCUGCUAAUACCGAUCUUCCAUCCCCCAAAUCAAACCUCAGUGAUCUCGUCUCAGCUUUCUCCAACAAGGGUCUCAGCUCCAGCGACAUGGUAGCCCUCUCAGGGGCGCACACGAUAGGGCAGGCGAGAUGCAUCUCAUUCCGGGACAGGGUAUACAACGAGAGUGACAUCGCCGCCACCUUGGCGUCGUCGGCGCAGUCCAAGUGCCCGAGCUCCGGCGGCGAUGACAACAUCGUCCCGCUCGACUCCACCACCCCGUACUACUUCGACAACUACUACUUCCGAAAUCUGGUCGGGAAGAAAGGGCUGCUGCAUUCGGACCAACAGCUUUACGGCGGAGGCUCCACCGACUCCCUCGUCGCCACCUACUCGACCAACAUGGCGAGGUUCCGCAGCGACUUCGCCACCGCCAUGGUUAACAUGGGAAGCAUAAGUCCGCUCACCGGUACCGACGGCGAGAUCAGGCUCAACUGCAGGAAAAUCAACUAAUUAAUUAAGGCGGAUGUUGGGCUAGAGAGUUGCUACAUGUGUGCAAAAGAUGCAUGCAAAAAGUAGCAGAGAACAAUGUCACAGUACCUUAA